UCUUUAUUCUGUUGCCAACAUUAUUGUUCGGAUAUCAAUUCAACUCUCUGAAAUGUAAGCAAAAAUAUUUAUGUAUAACACUUGAAAUUAUUUUAUUUCACUAAAGUGUAUUGUUAAGCAAACCAAUCGAGUUUAAUUAACUUGAAUCACACUACUUUAAAAUUACGAAUAAAAUAACUGGUACGUGUAGUUGAGGAAUUUUGAGUUUUGUGUUGGCUACCCUGGCGUGAUUCAUUUCAAACUCAAACCAUCUCGAUUUGUCAACAACAUGAACACAGAUCCGCGUAAGGUUAUAGCAUACGGGAAUACUAGUUUUGAUGGUGAUUCAUUGCCGGAGUUUAGUGAAUUUGAUUCGGAUUCAAUUAUUGAAGGAUAUCAUCGUGAAAGCUCCUUACGACCACCAGAAGAUACGAUGGCUCCCACAACUACCAUUGAAACCAUAACAAUCACUCGACCUCUUAAGGUGAUAGCGUUCGUGUGCGGGCUGAUAGUGGUCGUGUUGCUCAUCAUGGCUCUGGCGUCCACUGAUUGGCUGAUGGCUGCUGGCUACAGACAAGGGCUGUUCAACCACUGUAUCGGCGAGAAUGCGCCCACCCCCCUCCCAUUCCACAUACAGGACAAGCGAGGAGAGUGCCACAAGGGCCGCGACAUGGCGUACAUAAAAGUGGCAGCAGCACUUUGUAUAGUGGCGCUGAUAACGGACGCCAUCGCCACCCUGCUGACGGGGCUGGGUCUGCGUUCCAAAGACCACCGAACAAAGUACAAAUACUACAGAGUGGCAGUCUACGUCAUGAUUGCCUCAUUGGUAGCCACACUACUUGCACUUGUUGUCUACCCAGUGUGCUUCGCGGCAGAACUCACUGAAGAUAAGGAACGUCAUGGGGUAUCGCAUUACAGCAACCGGCAAGUGUGGGAGUUCGGCUGGGCCUACGGCGUGGGCUGGGGCGCGGCCAUCUUCCUGUUUGGCGCAGUGGUACUACUGCUCUGUGACAAGGAGUCCGAGGAAAUCUACUACAAGGAGCGCAAGGUCACGGCCUAGUGCAUUCAAGCCCUGCCUGAUGUCGUGCUGUAACAUUAGGCAGGCUGCACUUGGCAUGUUUAUCUGGCGAGGGACCAAGCUGGGGGAGGGCUUCAUUUAACCUAUCCUUUGCACAGUCUUAUAUCCGUCAUACAUAGAAGCUAGGCUGUUCGUUUUACACUAAUUAUUCAAAAACUGAUUUCUUUCCAGAGUACAUUAAACAAAUUUUUUUUACCGGUAACUCUAUUGUCUUAAAAAAUAUUUAAAUUUCAAAAUUGUUAUCGUUUUAUAAAUUUAUAGUCGUUUCCGACUACGUUAUAUGGAUUUAUUUACGCGUAAAUGUUGAAAUGCAAACUGCUGCUUUUACGUAAGUUUUAACAAAUAUCUGUUAUGAUGUAUUAUAUUACUUUUUUUAAAGAAUGGUUUUAUUUUAAAUUAUAUUUUUUUUUAAUUCAAAGUUGACAAUAUUACGAAUAACAAUAAGGUUUUUAAUUUUUUCUAUUUCUAACCUCCUCGCAGUGUAAAAUCUUUGAUUUAAACUACAAAAAGUUUUCAAAAUAUUAAUAUUUUUGUAAUAACAUUUUUUUAUUUGUCGGUUUUACUGAAGUAAAUGCGUGAUCCACAAACAGGCAAAGGUUUUCAAAGUGAUUUUUUUCAAUAUGGGUUAUUUCUAAAAAGUUCCCAACCCCCAGUGAAUUCACUAAAAAUAAAAUAAGGUCAAAGCACGCGCCAAGACAUGCCAUUAGUGCCCACACUCUCUAGAAUGACAUAUCGACCAAGUGGUGUCCAACGGUUGCUGUUUUUAUCCAAUAUUCGGCAAACGUUCAAAUUUCAAAAUUAUAACUACGUGUAAAAGUGUCAAACAGUGGCUGUACAAAUUUUUUUUAACUCCACAUUUUGCUAAAAAAGGUGGUAAAUUAUUGUCAAAAAAGUACUUCAACGUUCAUCAAACACUGUCAAAAUUUAAAAAUCAUCGUAACAACUGAAUUUAGUAUUGUCACUACUGAUUUUAAAUUCAUUUAACCAUUAUAAUUUUUGGCUAUAAUUAUGUGGGAAAAUAGUAUCCACAAAUUCAAAGGAACAAACUGCAUUAGUGACUUUCUAUAAUGAUUCAAUAUCUCUUGUUGGGAAAAAUCAAUGGCAAUAUUAAUUAAUUGUACAUUAAUUGGAAUUAUAAUCCAAUUUAGUUGGAUUGUCACCUUCUAAAUUAUUUAAUAUUUAAAUUAAAUUAAUUACUUUAAGUCUCAUCCAAGUAAAGAUGACAUUAAUUAUUUUAUUGUAACUAAAUAAAAUCAAUUUAAGAAACAAUUAGUUUAAUAAGACAUCUUGAGUGAAGGCAUUUUAUUUAUUCAAAAAUGAAAGUUUUUAUGGACUUUUCAAAUUUUGUUCUAAAAUUUGAUUUAGCUCCCUUGAGAUUUGGUUCCAGAAGCUCAUUCACUGAAUAUUUAAAGCCUAUCAACUGCAUGUUUAUUAAGUAUAAUACAAUUUGAUCUGAUUCAUUUGCAUAAAUUGAUAUUGCUUAAAUAUUGCCAGUGUAUUAAACCAUGAUUUGCUCUAAUUUGAGUAAUGGGUUUGUCAAAUUGAAUGGAUUGGGUCCGAUACAAAUUGGUUAGUCUAAUUCUAAUUCAUUGUUUACAUCUAACUAUCCAAGAUUUAGAUUAGUACCCUAAAGAACAAAAGAGAUCUAACUUAAUGAUAAGAGAUGUAUUUCAGUUAUUUGUAAAAUUUACAACAAAAAAUAUGUUUAUUAGAAAUCAUCACAGAAACUUGCUUGGUAAAGACUAUAAAACGAUAAAAAGAUUAAAUAUUGUAAUUACGCUAUUUCAAUGUUGGGUUAUAAGUCAAACUGCAGAAGUGGGUUAUUCACUAUGUGGUAUAGUGAAUUAUAUCCAUUCAAAGUCAAAUCGAUUCAUAAUAUAAAUUUAUGCCUACAUUUUAUAAAUCACUGUUUUUUCUAGAUAACCACAGUUUUCGAUCAAUUUAUGUAAUACUUUAGUGCUUACACAUUCAAAAUGACACUGGUUUCAAUUUAUGUGAAUGAUAGUAUUUCUAAUCGUACAUAUUUUUAAAAGACAUUGUUGAGGAGUACGUAUUGUACUCCUAAACAAGACCUCAGUUGAAAAUUGUUAUACAUGUAUUUCAGCAAAGUAUAUUGGCCCGAAAGUGACAAAAAACAGAUGUUUUGCUCCCCACGUUUGACACUUUUACAAAGUGAGACGACCAGACGGAGGAACCGUUGGACGCCAGCUGGUCCCAGCAUCUGAUAGUGUCCAGUGACUUGAGUAGACGCUACAGUGGUAGUGGACCCUACGUGUAUUUUCUAAGUUCAUUGUAUAUAAUGUACCCUCAUCAGCACACGACUGUCUCAGUAGAACGUUCUGUUCUCCUCAUCCAUCAUUUGUUCAUCAUGAAAACAAUACAUCCGUUGGUUUCGACUGGUUAAGUUGGCAAAGUACGUACGAGAAUAUGUUGUAAUUAUGCGUGAGUAGUUUCAUAUGGAGUUUUUUUUUUUUUUUUUUUUCGUUUUUCAUUGUGAUUAAUUUGUUUUUGGACAAAGUGUUUUAAUGUUUUUACUACCAGUCUAAUAUUUAUUUUUCACAAUUUUUAAUUUUAGUUCUCCACACAAUUUUAAUGAAAAAGUGGGGAAAUUAAACUUUUAUUUCAAAACAUUCCCGAGUAAACAGUCUAUCAGCUACUCACGUAUAAGUCGUAAUGUUUUAUUUUUCAAAAACUAUCAACACGCACGUGUUAAGGAAGGAAAAACCACGUCACUUCCUAAUAAAAAAAAAAAUCGAAAACAGAUGAUAUUUUUUAUAGCAGUGAAUAUGAUAAGGGAAACGAUAUUACUGAAAUACUAUUGUAGGCUAUGUACUUAGCCUCACCAGUUCCGAGCAGAGGGAGGUGGAAGAGUCGGAUAGUUGUAGACUGUUAGGCUAAGUUGUUUAUAUGUCAGACUUGUAGUUGGAUAGGAGUUGCUGGCAUCGGCCCUCCAUCAGAAAUUGUAUUUUGAACGCUUUACUCGAGGCUUCUUCAUAUAUGUAAUUAGUAAUUGAAUCAAUAAAAAUGCCUCAACUUUAAUUGGAAUGAUGUUGUAUUCAUAGUAUAUUAUACAUUCACAUCUCAGCAUAAUGGUUAUUGUGAUAUUAUAAUUAAUGCACAUAUUUUUGUUUUUCAGCUCAAAUAUUUAUACUUUUAAGGAAAGCAUUACAUAAAAAUAAUGUAAAACUGUAAAGAAAUGUUGAACACACCUAGAAACUAUUUUGUGCUCAGAACUGAUAACAAAGAACAAGCUUCCGUAAUAUUACGUUAAUACUCAUGUUGUCAUUUUGUUACAGUCUGUUAUGUGUAAGUUAACUCAUAAAUUAUCGAUACGAUCAAAUGUAAAAUUUUGGAAGGGCUGAAUGGUUAGGCUGUGAGUAAGAGUGGUUCUGCGAUCACAUAGCGUAAAGUUGUAUAUAAGUCCUCUCUUUAUUCACCGUUGCUUUUAUACAGAAGCAAGUUGACAAAUAUAGAGUUUUAUACUGCAUUAUUUGUAAAUAAGUUAAAACUAUUAUUUAUUCCAAAAAAAAGAUGAAAGUCGUUUUUAGAAGAAAGUUACCUAAUGCCGAUGUUUCACUCGUCUCCACUGCUGUACCAUGUAUAUUCUAUCGUCGGGCUUACGUUUUAUUUAAUCUCUUACCACCUCAAUGUUUCCACAUUGCCAGAUGCGUUUCUUUCGUUCUAAGCAUUAAAUCUCCUCAUCACACAUCGAUACAUUCACAAACCCUUCAUACGUUCUAUUCGUUUCUCUAACGUUUCAAUUUGAAUCAUCACUCCGUUUUCCAAUUAGUUGAGAUAAGUUCAUGAAUUCUUGCCCAACUUUAUUCUUCCUCGGUUAAAUGGUCUUCGGAUAUGUGUUAGCUUUGUUUUGUGUAUUAACAUUAAACGCACAAUUGUACAUCUGUAUGAUAGUAUAAAUAAGUGUAUUUUAGUUUAACCAAUGUGUAAUAAUGUAGCAUAUUGUUUUAAUGUCGGUAUCUUUUUUUAAAUUUAUUUAUUUGUGUACACUUUUCCUUCCAAUAAGCUGGACCUUCCAAGAAUAAAAAUAAACUAACAAUC